AUGCUGCCGCGUUCACCACUCUGCUUUCUGCCGCUCCUCGCUGCGGCGCAAACGGAAAUCCCGACUCCUUCAUUUGACAUCAAUCGCUAUCCAUCGGCCCCACAGGAAACGACGUGUGGCGAUAUCGUCCACGCCAAUCUUUACGAAGGUAUACCCAGUCGUUACCCACAACUCGCCAUGUCUCAAACUGAUAAACGAAGAUCAAUUCAUAUUCUUGGCGUCGGACAUUUUUGACUGUUUGACGAGUGUCCCGUUCAACUCCGCAGUGGCCUUACGGUACCUCGGAUACCUCAACCAGACUUACCAAUACCAUGCUACUACGGCUUUCGUACGGAAUCCUCCAACUGAAUAUCGCCAGGAUGCAUUCGACUUCUUCGCAGCACUGCAAGAGACCGUUGAUCGUGUGAACUCGCAGUCUUACCAUAAUCAGUAUGCGUUCGAGACUGCUGUUCAGGUCAUGAUACGCAACCUCCACGAUACACAUGCCUUUGUAUAUGGAGGUAUCAGUGGCCAGAUGUUCUUUGCUAGGCAAGCAUAUUACCCGCGAUGGUCGGGAAAUGUGUUUCACUAACAGCAUUAGUCCUUACUCACUUGUCAGUGUUUCGGCAGAUGGCAGUGAGCUUCCAAAGCUCUACGUUUAUGGUACGCAAACUCAGCUGAUCAACCAUGUACGGAAUGCUGAUGACCAGCCAGAUGACCUCGUCGCUCAAGUCACGACUGGAGCCAGGGCAAGUGCGAUUGCCAACAUUCAUGGGAUGUCGGCGAUGGACUACGUCACGUCCUUUGCGCAGCAACAGUCUUUCGGAAUGGUUGAACCCCAUACUGAUUGGAACCAAAUGAUGUGCAGUCCGGCCCAGGAUCUGUUCGGUCUCAACUCAUUCUCUGAGGCUGCACCCUUCUACCCCGGCGAUCAGCUCACUUUGACGUUUGAGAAUGGCAGUACCGUAGAGGAUAAGUGGUACGCGCUUUUCGGUACUCCAGGCUUCACCGGACCCCUUGCCACGGGUGGCGACUUCUACAACUUCUUCGUGCUCGGGCAGUAUCCUGCGAACUACAACGAGACCUGGGAUGACUACUACAGCAACAGGACUUCAGACGAGGCACCUCUCACUGCCGGUGGAGGGGACAGCAUCAGCUCGAACCUCACAUCCUGGAAUGGUAACUCCCCAGCUUAUCCUUCCGACACUAUUAGCUACCAGCAGGACCUUGGCCUCUUUACUGAUGGCGCUCUUACUGGAUACUUCCUCGCCGAAAGCUCCACGGCCGUUCUAAGCUUGCCCACUUUUGAGCAGUACGGCGAUGCCGUCGACACAUUUUCCCAAGCUGUGACCGACUUCAUCAAUAACGCCACGCAGCGUAAAGCGACGAAUGUCAUCAUCGACCUUCAGCAGAACCCUGGCGGAGCAGUACCCUUAGCGUUCUCUACCUUUGAUUCGGUACGUUUGGGCUUGUUCCAGUUGAUUAAGAGCAAUGUUGAUGACAACGACAGUUCUUUCCUAAUGCGCGACCUUUCUCCGGAAGUCGGAUGCGCUCCCAUCACGACGCAAAUGUUCUAGGCCAGACAUUCACUUCCAAAGCACAGACACUUGGCAGCGAUCUGUCGAAUGAGAAUGCCCCAUACGUCGAAGGUUCAGAAUGGACUGUCACCAAUCGGAUCAACGCAGUAACAGGCAGCAACUUCACCUCGUGGGGGCAGUAUUCGGGCCCUCAGAAUUUUGAUGGCGAUACAUUUUUUCUCGUUCAGCAAUACGACUUGUCGAAUCCGACAUUCGUUGAAGCAGCUUUCGAAGUGGACGCCGAACCGUGUUUCUACAGCCGCUCUUGCAACCGCUCGCAGCCUUGGGAUGCUGCGAAUAUCAUUGUUCUGACAGACGGCAUCUGCGGCUCGACAUGUUCGCUUUUCGUUGAGAUGAUGCGAGAGCGCGGCGUCAGGAGUGUCGCCCUUGGUGGACGUCCAGAGUCCGGUCCCAUGCAGGUAGCAAGUGGCUCAAGGGGAGCGGUAUCAUACUCCGGCGACGAGCUACACCUCGACUACGCGGAUGCUAUCGAGAUUAAUGCGACCGCAGGGGCGAGCUUACCGACUCAGCCGCCUGAUACUGGAAUACAAGGAAUCUACACUGGCUUCACUCUUCGGGAUCAGGUUCAGAAGAACCAAUCGGCACCAAACCAGGUGCUCUACUUGCCUGCGGAUUGUCGAUUGUACUGGACUUUUGCGAACUUCUACAACUACACGCGGCUUUGGCUUGACGUCCACCAGGCAAUGUUCGUAGACGCAUCGCUGUGCGUCACUGGAUCACGCAACGCCACUGCACCAACAACACCUCCACCUUCCACGAAGCAGACUCGGUCUGUAAUCACCGAUCACUUCAUAGAUGGAAUGACGGUGGCAGAUGAGAACGAGACGCCAACGAACGACACAUCCGAAGAUUUGCACCAUGGCGUGAGGGAUGACGGAACCGUCCCAUUCCCCAAGUUCUGCGACUACACCUCCCGUAGGCCAGGACAGUGCGACAGCGGAACCUCUUGCAGACAAAUUAAUUUCGCUUGCCAAGCAUGCACAGACGGAAGCUGCCCAGCCCCGAAGCCAAUUGGUAUAUGCGUGUCCAGAUGCUACAACGGCCAGGGCAAAACAUGUCCUGGUCUUUGCCAAUGCAAAGAGACCGCCCAAGGCAACGGCAGGACGCAGAAUGCCGCGCACGGUGGAAACGUGAAGUUCACCAACGGGUAUUGCGACCCAAUAUGGUCAGAUAAAGAUCGAAACAGAGUUUGUAACACCAUUCUGAACAACAAUUUGGCCAACUUGCUUGGCAAUUAG